AUGUUUAUGCACCACAAAGAUUGGUUUUUAAAGUUUGAUUUUACGGCUCCUGCUGUAAGGAGGGGACUUCCUAUUACUCACUUUAUAUGUAGAAUGGAAUUGCAAGACAUCCUAGUAAACGCAGUUGGGCAUCACAUACUAAGUAACAAAUCAAAAGUUGUGGACUUUGUGGAAGACUAUAACAAGGUCACCGUGAUCCUUGAAAAUGGGAUGCAGUAUGAAGGUGAUAUUUUGGUUGGUGCAGAUGGGAUACGGUCAGAAGUGCGUUCAAAACUAUUUGGGGCCCAAGAAGCAAAAUAUUCAGACUAUACAUGCUAUACUGGACUAACAAACAUUGUGCCACCAUGUAUUGAUUCUAUUGGGUAUCAAGUAUUCUUGGGAAUGAACCGGUACUUUGCUGUUGCAGAUGUUGGAAAUGGGAAGAUGCAAUGGUAUGCAUUCGUUAAGGAGUCCCCCUCGACUACUGAUCCUCCAGGAGGCGAAAAGGAGAGGCUUUUGAAACUGUUUUGCGGCUGGUGCAAUGAAGUGGUUAUGCUAAUUUCUGAAACACCAGGGCAUCUGAUUUUACGGAGAAACAUCUAUGAUAUCGACAUGAUAUACUCCUGGGGAAAUGGACGUGUGACUCUGGUAGGUGAUGCUGCUCACGCAAUGCAGCCAAAUCUUGGCCAAGGGGGUUGUAUGGCAAUUGAGGAUUGUUACCAACUUAUACUUGAGCUUGAUAAGGUUGUCAAAAGUGGCUCUGAUCAUUUCUUGUUGAAUCAAAUUGUCUCAGCACUUAAAAGAUAUGAGAAGAAAAGAAUGCUCCGUGUUAGCAUAGUUCAUGCAGUGAACCGAAUGGCGUCGAGAAUGGUUUUCUUUUACCAACCUUAUAUGGAAUUUGGAUUUGGCCUGGUGAAUAAUCUGGCUUUACCACAUCCUGCAUUUCAUGUUGUAAUUGCAUUUUUGCAAAUCAGCUUGCCCCAAUUCAUGUCUUGGACUCUAACAGGCCAUUGGUUGUGGUGAAAUAGAGACUGACCAAAUCCUACUGCAACCUCAGUGCCGGUUGUUGAACCGGAAGUUGAUAAACUCCGAGUUUAAGGUUCAAGGGAUGGUGGAACCACCGAACCAUGGUUGAAAAUUGCAACAGAAAAUCAGAACCGUAAAAGUCCAAGAAAACGAAUUUAGGGCAAUUCGUAAAUAAUCCGGAAACUGUGUUAUUGAAAUAACAUGUCAUAUAGUGAUGGUAGCAGGAGUUGGAGAGGGGAUGAAUAACAAAAAUUCAAUGUAAAAUUUCAAUAUUUACUGAAAAAUG